AGACAGCAGCUGCAAUAAGUGAGGUUUUAUUCAGAUGAGACAAUGACAUGUUUAAAUUCCCUCCUAAUCUGUUGCUCAAAUUCACCUUUUCAUUGAUCAAUUUCCCAAGCUUCAGGUUGGGUUCAUGUUGCUCCAGAAAUAUUUGGAUUGACUGUGAGAGACGUCAAUCAGAGAGCCCACCCACUCUGCCCAUUCUCUCCUCUCCUCUUCCUCUUCCAGAGCUGGUUCACUUCCUAUAGAGACUGAAAACGAAGUGAGGAGACAAAUGAUGACACCUAAGAAUAUAGUGUACAUAUAUUGCAAAUAGAUCCUGACCAUCACCUAACUGUGCAACUGUGGGAAGAUAUCCAGUCCCAUCACAGCAUUGCUCCACACAGAAAAGACUGGGGAGUGAAACCAUCAUCUGGAAAUCAGCCGGGUCAGGGGAGUUUUGACAAAUCAUCAGGUCUGUAACUGGUCAGUAGUGUGGAGCCUUCCAUCAGAACCAGCUUUUCCAAGUGUUUGGCUAUUGAUGAUUGGUCACAAUGAGAAGUAUGAGCAGACUCCAAGUCUGAUGAGAGUUUAAUCAUUCGUAGAGCCUCAUGAACCACUGACUCAUUCCUACAGUUAAGAGGCUGUUCUAGUGUAAGGAGCGCUGCAUGAGAUCUAUAAUGCUGACUGCAUCUGUUCAGCAACCACAUGGAAGUGAAACAAUUCAAGUGUGAGGUGUGUGACCAAACCUUCACAAGAUCAUCAGCCCUUGUGAAACACCGACGGAUUCACACAGGGGACAAACCUUUCACGUGCAAAGUGUGCAACAAAUCAUUUUCACAGUUAACAAAUCUCCACAGACAUCAACAGAUUCACACAGGAGAGAAACCAUUCACAUGCAGGGUGUGCAACAAAUCAUUUUCACAGUUAACAAACCUCCACACCCACCAACGCGUUCAUACACAGGAGAAGCCGUUCACGUGUGAAGUGUGUGACAAAGCUUUUAAACGGUUAUCAAACCUCCUACUCCAUCAGACAACACACACAGGGGAGAAGCCCUUUAAGUGUGAUAUUUGCAAUAAAGCUUUUGCAACAUCUACAAGGCUCCUGAAGCACCAGAUCGUUCACACUGGUGAGAAACCCUUCAGGUGUGAAGUGUGCAACCGAGCCUUCACACAGUCAUCGACACUUGUGAAACACCGACGCACCCACACCGGGGAAAAGCCUUUCAAUUGUAAAGUGUGUGAUAAAUCCUUCACUCAGUUAUCUACCCUCCAGGACCACCAACACAUUCACACAGGCGAGAAACCAUUCACAUGUAAGGUGUGCAACAAAUCAUUCGCAUGGUCAACGCAUCUCAGAGUACAUCGACGCAUUCACACUGGGGAGAAACCAUUCUCAUGUGAGGUAUGCGACAAAUCAUUCUCUUGGUCCAAUGCGCUCCUUGAACAUCAGCGCAUUCACACGGGGGAGAAACCAUUCACAUGUGAGGUGUGUGACAAAUCAUUCUCACAGUCAUCUAACCUCCGUGCACACCAGCGCAUUCACACGGGGGAGAAACCGUUUACAUGUGAAGUGUGUGACAAAUCCUUUGCACAGUUAGCAAGCCUCCUGCGACAUCAGACAGUCCACACUGACUAGAAAUCCUUCAGAUGUGAUGUAGGCUCUGCACAACCAUCAGACCUGGUGAAACACCAAUGCAUUUAUACUGGUGAGGAACCACUGUGUGAGGUGUCUGACUCAUCAUUCAGAGUCAUCAAGUCUCCAGCAAACACCAGCAUGUUCGCACAGAAGUAAACACUCAUGUGCGAGCUGUGCCCAAAUCAUUGUCAUUGUUAAAAAACCUGCAAGUAGGCCAACUCAUUCAAACAGGAGGCACAGUGUGCAGAAAAUCAUUCCAACAGUCAUUAAGACUCUUGCUCCAUCAGCAGUGUAACUCUUCAAGUGUUGUGAGACUUGUGUUGAAGCUUUUGUGAUAUCAUCGACCCUCCUGGGACUGUUGAGGAUUCACACAACAAAGACAGACUCUUAGAUAACAAGGUGUAGAGAUGGAUGAACACAGCAGGCCA